GAUAACCACCUGUAUCUUGAUACCCAAUCGGUCGAUACCUCGAGCUGGAGAAUCUAUUUGUAAAUCUCCUAUCUCAUAUGUAGUGAGCAACUUCGCUGUUCAACAUGAUGACUCCUCAGAACCGUGCUACGGAGAUUAUGAAAACUACUACCACUGACAGAACUGUAAUAAAUCGAGCACACUCCACACCUAACAGGCUAUAGAUAAAACGCAAUAGAAUAUAGGAAUAGACAGGAAUGCAGGGAAUUGAAACUAACGGAAAAGAAAGGGGGGUGUACGAAAACUUCCCCUAAAUUGCAUCGUUCCUCUGAGUCACAUGACCGUCCCUAUAUAGCAUCCACAGGGCUGGAUACAGAUUAAAAACAGCCGGUUGGGGCGAACGGACCCCAAGUACCUGUCAGCAGAGGGAAUAGUGGACAGCUCAUCUUCAAUGGGGUGCCUCGACUGUGUGAUGCUGCUCUUUGGGCGGACCAAGACCGCAGGUCAAUCAGCAGAAGGCACGACGGCACUGCAAGGGCUUGAAAAUGGAGCGGCUGUUUCGGAGGUGUCGCCUACGACAAGUGUGGUGAAUUGGAAACAAGGAAAACACAAGAUUAAGAUACCGGGGUUUGUGAAAAGAGGCAUGAAGAGUCCCAAAGCCGAUACAGUGGAUGUUGCCUCCCCAACCGUGCUCUUCUCUUUCGAGGAGAACCUGAGACUAAGGCGCCUCUGUGAGGCCAGCCAACAGCUGAUUGCCCGCGAGGACUACCUGUUUGGGCGGGGAGAGGCACGGGAGCAUGCAAACAGGGCCACAGAGCGUGGGGAGAGUGAGGAGGAUGAGCUGCACAGGGACUAUGAGGCCCUCCUGGUGCAGGUCUGGCUGGCGGUGGAGGCCUCGCUGGUCGCCGGGCCGGGCAAGAGGGAGAGCCUGCGUUCGGCAGCCCUCUGCAUCCUGCAGGAGGAGGAGCAGGACCAGAGGUGGCAGGAGGAACCAGGGGCGGAGCCCCCCAUCUGGAGGCCCCAGCACUGCCGGCGCAACCAUGAUGACCUGCUUCGGAAGGUGGUGGAGGAGCGAAUGGACAACGCGGAGGACCCGAACGGGGCAGAAAAACUGGCCACACCCCUGAAAAAGGAGAUUUGUAAACUGGGCAAGCAGGUGAAGGAGGACCUCCUGAAGGUGGCUCGGGAAGUCAAAGCCUGCUAUCCAGAGGAGUUUGGUGUGUGCAAAGUGUAUGCCUGGCUGUAUCACCAAGCCUUCUCUGGCCGCCUAGCAAAGAUGGCCAAGCUGGAGCUCGACGUCAAUGACACCAGCUAUCUUUUGGGCUGGGUGUACACUUACUACCCAAAGGAAGUGCUGAAACACAAGGAACUGGAAAAGGAUAUCAAUGGUGAGGCCCUUGGGCCCCUGCUCCCUGAAGAUGUGCUGCGUCCUCUGGAGGAUCAGUACCUCUCCCACAAAGAGAGCCAGGUAAAGGAAUGGAUGUCCAAGGCACUGAGGAAAGAGGAAGAGGAAUGGCAUGGGGGAAGCCCACCUGAGCUCAUAAUGGAUCAGUACUACUUCUCUGCCAUCGCUGUUGAUGUUAUACAGGUAGUAGAUGGGGUGGUGAAGGAAGCUGUGACUAUUUUGGGUAACAUUAGCAAAGCCCAGAGGAUCAUAUGUCAAUUGGAGACCUUCUUUAUCAGCUACAGGAGGACCUUUGAGGAAUUCAUGAAAGGAAAGCGCAGAAACACCAAAGCAGUGAUAAAGGCUAACCUGGCCAGCAUUGAACAAUUCAAGGAAUACGUGGAGAAAGUCGGGGACAUGCUUCCCAAGGAGACAAAGAAAAACUGCCAGUCCAUUCUCUCCUCCAUGGAGGACAUUGCAUACAGAUACUUCUCCAACAUUAUUCACGAAAAUCUCAAGACGCAGUACCGGCAGCUGGGGACAACAUCCUGGCUCUUGGGGGGCUUCCAGGCAGUGGAUGAACUGAAGAGGCACAUUCAGGACUGCCAGGAACUGAAGCCCACCUGCAAGCAGGAACUCGUGAGCCGGAUACACACGCAGGUGAUGGUGGAGUAUGUGAGGAGGCUGAUGAGGAGGAAGCUGAAGCUGAAGGACAGAGAGCAGCAGGAGGCAGCUGCUUCUCUCCUCUGUGAGGACAGCAGGAGACUGCGUAUAGUCUUCACUGAUGCAGGAUCAGAAGAGGUGUGGCUUCAUGAAAUCCUCCCUAAAAUAGCAGAAGUGCUGAAGUUGCAAGACCCAGGGGCCAUUCAGCUGGAGGUAAUCACCCUGGCCCGGGACUACCCUGACCUCAGCAAGGAUCAUGUCUCUGCCCUGCUGCACCUCAAAUCCAACCUUUCCAGUGCCCAAAUCAAGAGGAUCAACCAGAGCCUGGUUGAGAACCGUGGCUCCGUCGGCUCCCUGGGCACCCACCCCUUCUUUUCAAGCGUACACGUCAAGUGGACCACAAAGAUCAUGUGACAACCCC